CAAUGCUGUCAAGCGGGUAGCAAGAACGAACCAUCACUCGAUAAUAAUAAAUAAGCGGUUCGUGUGUGCGCGCUUCUUAUAUCUAUAUACAUAUAUAUAUAGUUUAUAUACGCAUAUUAUUAUUAAUAUAAUUCCUAUUUUUUUUUAAUACAGUUAAGCUUAACUUAACAGUUCGGUUAACUCUGAUAUUUUAAGUGUUCUGCACGCAGCUUAGUUUCCUGUGAGUCCGGCGGCGGCGACCACUGUGCUUGUCAUUUUCGGCGGUUAGUUCUCAGUGCGCGUUGGUGUGUGUGUACAGAAGUGUUUGUGUGCUUGCUACUCGCAACGCGUGGUGGAUUUUAUUUAAUUUUUUUUUUGUGCUCCAUAAAUUAAUGUGAAUUCAAAAUCCGCACAUACACACACACACACAAAUAUAGCUAUGUAUACGUAAGAUAUAUGUAUAACUGACAACGACGAAGGCAUACCAAAAAAAAGUAUGAAAAGACACUAGGGAAAAAAAGAACACUAGAACCGUCAGGCAAAAGCAACAAAUCAGAAGUCAGGCCAAAAAACAAAAAAUUAUAACAGAAAACCCAAAUAAAGCUCAACAGAGCAAGCCGCCCGUCUAAAGUCAAAUAGAAAUUGCUGUUAAUUCAACGCCGCCCUGUGUGCGUGUGUCUUGUUGUGCCGCAGCAGAAGACAAACUGUGGAGAACAAAAAAUAAAGAGAACUGGAGGCAGCAGAAAGACGGAAGCAGAACAGUUACUAAGUAAAAGCAAAAUAUAAGGAAGCGAAGAGAAAUUUAAGAUAGCCAGCAUGGACAUAAUCAAUAAAGUCACCGAUGCAUUUUGGAGUACGCACAUUUGGCUGCCGCCAAAUACGACAUGGGCGGACAUAGCGCCCGGCUCCCGUCCAGAUGUUGUGCACGCCAACUAUCGGGAUCUGAUUUGGCCAAUUCCAUUGGCCGCUGUCGUUAUGCUGGUGCGUUACACAUUGGAGCGCUUUUGGAUAUCUCCAAUUGGCAAAUCGUUGGGCAUAAGAAGCUCUAGACCUAAGAAAGCGGCAAAUGUUCCUACAUUAGAGUUGGCAUAUGCCAAAUCAUCGCAUUUGGACCACAAGUGGCUGGCACCGCUGUCCAAGCAGGCGGACAUGUCUGAGCGUCAAAUCGAGCGCUGGUGGCGCCUGCGUCGCGCCCAGGACAAGCCGUCGACAUUGGUGAAGUUCUGCGAGAACACAUGGCGGUGCCUGUAUUAUCUGUAUAGCUUUAUAUUCGGCGUUAUAGUGCUGUGGGACAAGCCCUGGUUUUGGGAUGUCAAGAGUUGCUGGUAUGGCUAUCCUCAUCAGUCGGUGAGUGACGAUGUCUGGUGGUAUUAUAUGAUAUCGAUGUCGUUCUACUGGUCCCUGACGGCCACACAGUUCUUUGAUGUGAAGCGCAAGGAUUUCUGGCAAAUGUUUAUACAUCAUAUGGUCACACUGUUGCUAAUGUCGCUCAGCUGGGUGUGCAACCUGCAUCGCGUUGGCUCCCUGGUUUUGGUCGUGCACGAUUGUGCCGACAUAUUCCUUGAGGCCGCCAAGUUGACCAAAUAUGCCAACUAUCAGAAGGUGUGCGAUGCGAUCUUUGCCAUCUUCACGGUUGUCUGGAUUGUUACACGCCUGGGCUUCUAUCCGCGCAUUAUCUACAGCGCAUCUGUGGAGGCACCUCGCAUUCUGCCCAUGUUCCCAGCCUAUUAUAUAUUCAAUUCGCUGCUGUUAAUGCUGCUGGUGCUGCACGUCAUCUGGACCUAUAUGAUUCUGAAGAUUGUGGUCGACUCCUUGCAGAAGGGUCUGGUAAGUUUAAUGUCCGGCGACAUACGUUCCAGUGAUAGUGAAGAUCUCACAGAUAGUUCAGGGAAUGUGCGCGUGGCCAACGGCUCGAUGCGCACAAAGACCAAAUCUGGCAACCCUGCGCCAGCAGCAGCAACGGCAGCGGGCGGAGCCAACCAGCGCAAGAGGGGCAACAACAGCAGUGCCAAUAAUCACACGACCGAUGCAGCAACGACAACAGCAGCAAACUAAACUGUUGUGCAGCUGUUGUUGGCUGGAAGUCGGCGGAUUUAUUGGAAGGCAAUGCCGAAGAACUAACAAGCCGACAACUGCAAAAUGAGGAUUAAAGAAAAACAAAAACAAAAACAAACAAAAACAGCAACAGCAACAAAAACAAACACAAAAACCAAACCAGUUCAGAACGUUUUUAUGUUAAUUAUUAUUUUUUAUAUUUUAUAAAAAGAAAAACAAUUUUUUUUUUUUAUCUGAAAAAAAAGAAAAUUCAAAGAAAAUAUUUGAAUAAAAUGCGAGUAAGUAGCUGCGCAACUAGAAAUUCAAAUAAAUUAACACGUGUCUAACCAGCGCGACAAUUAUUAUUUAUAGAAAGUUUUGUGUUAAACCAAAAAAAAAAAAAACAAACAAAAAAUUAAAAAAACAGUUAUUAUUUUUUUUAUAUGCAUAGUUUAGGCAAGGGCAAGUAAUGGUUAUUUGAAUUACCGUUAUUGUAAAUGACAGAAACAACAAAAACAACAACAACAACAAACAGCUUGGAACGAAGAAGUUGAAACACACAGCAAAAGCAGAAAAAAAAAAAAUAAUAUAAUACAAUUUAAAAAAUUAAAAUUCGCUACGAAUUCGCUUACACAAGAGAAAACAAUUUAAAA